AUGCAUUUUGGCGGAUGGCAACUAAUACCAUCACUUUCGACGAAGAUAAAUAAUACAAAUGGGCGAAAUCAAAGUCAAAUGAAUAACAGUCUUACCGAUCUAUUUCUACCAAUAUUAACUCAAACUGGACGUUCACCUUUAUUUUCAAUGAACAUCGCAGAGGAUAUUUUUGCAGUCCUAAUUUCACCUGGUCAGUUCGCUUUUCAAACAGAUUUACAGAAG